GAAGGAGGGCAUCGAGGAGCAUGGCGGCACAGUGCCUGAGCAGGGCGGCACCGAUGGCGAGGAACCAGAUGACUUGGGCUUGGACGAGGAGACCGAGGAGGAGCCCGCAGACGAGGGCUGGCACGACGACUGGUACGAUCAGGAUGACUGGGACGAGGAGCACGGCAAGAAGAAGAAG